GGGUUGGAGCUAGCUAGAAAGAGGUCCAAUUUAAAAGAUAUCUUCUCAUCCACAUAUCUCUCUCUCUCUCUCUUGUUGAACCUGUUUUCUACUUGUACGAAUUGGGUUGUCUUUUGUUUUGGUAUAUUUGUACUCAAGUGUGUGGAUUCUUGCGUUGAAUCAUCUUGGAGAGUUGGCUGGCUAUACUUGUAAACCCUCUUGGAGAAGAAGUUUGCUAACUGUCAGGGUUUCUUGUUUCUCAGAUCUGUAUGACAUGGUUCUUGAGGAUGCAAAAAGUUGAAAGUUGAUCUGUCUCUCAUCGGUUAAGCUUUAUAAUAUAAAAAGAAUUGAAGAAAGAAAAAUCCAGUUCAUUUAAUAACUGAGAUAGAGAGAGAAAGAAAUGAAGGGCAUCUUUUUGGAUGACAAUAUGUCAAAUUUAACAUCUGCAUCAAAUGAAGCAAGCCUAUCUUCGUCCAGCAACAGGAAUGAAAUUGGUACUAUGUACCCUCCACCACAGAUGCAGCAGUCCUUCGCUUCUGUGCCAAUCAGUACUAACAACCAAACUCAAUCAAACAAGAAAAAGAGGAAUCUUCCAGGAAAUCCAGACCCAGAAGCUGAAGUGAUAGCUUUAUCUCCAAAAUCACUUAUGGCAACAAACAGAUUCCUGUGUGAGAUUUGCAACAAAGGGUUUCAAAGAGACCAGAAUCUUCAGUUGCACAGAAGAGGACAUAAUUUGCCUUGGAAACUCAAGCAAAAAUCAAAACUGGAGGUAGUUAGGAAGAAAGUAUAUGUAUGCCCGGAGCCGAGUUGUGUGCACCAUGAGCCAUCGCGAGCACUCGGAGAUCUUACAGGUAUCAAGAAACAUUUCUCCAGAAAGCACGGUGAGAAAAAGUGGAAAUGUGAGAAGUGUUCAAAACGUUAUGCCGUUCAGUCUGAUUGGAAAGCUCAUUCCAAGAUCUGUGGCACACGAGAAUAUCGAUGCGAUUGUGGUACCCUUUUUUCAAGGAGGGACAGCUUCAUUACUCACCGAGCCUUCUGUGAUGCCUUAGCUGAAGAAACUGCAAGAUCAUCAUCCUCUUUAAACCACCUUCCUCUCCAUUUACCCAUCAAUUUUCCACUGAAAACCGAACCACAACAUCUCCUCCAACAUCCACAACUUAGCUUCAACAUUGGAUCGAGUAGUCCACAUCAUAAUCAUCAAUUACCAUCAUGGUUAGAUCAUCAUCAUCAUCAACAGCAAAACCCUAGCCCUAAUGGUCUCCAUCUUCCUUCUCCUUCUUCUCACAUGUCUGCCACUGCUUUGCUCCAAAAGGCAGCUCAGAUGGGUGUAACCAUGAGCAAUCCUGCACCUCCUCCUUCUUCGGCUGUUGCUGCUGCUGCUGCCAUUUCCAUGUCACAUGAACAGCAGUCCAUUAUUUUAAGUGGGUCCCACCAAACCCUUCAACGUGAUCACAUGUGUACACCUCUACUAUCAUCUCUUCAUCAUCAUCAUAAUGCUUCUGCCCUAGGCAGUUUGUCUGCAAGUGAUAACCAUCAUGGCUUGUUGGAAGCAAGCGGUGGGUUUGCUAAUGUCGUCAGCACUGGUUGCAUGGACCAUCAUGCUCACCCGCAGGUGCUUCAUCCUAAUUCUUUGACUUCUACUAGUCUAGGGCCAACUAAUAAUAUCCAUCAAGUCUUCAAUGGCAUGCUCAAUUCUACUAAAAGAGAUCAUAAUAGUUACCAAGAACAGCUUUUCCCACAAGCACCAGCUUCGGCCCAAACGCUUUUGAACACCAGAAAAGAAGGUGCCGUUGGGAACGAUGAGUUGACGAGAGAUUUCUUGGGUCUUAGAGGAUUUCCAACUCCUACUGAUCACCAUUUCCUUAGCAUGGCUGGUCUUGAUCAUAUGGCCAAUUCUUCACCCUAUCAUCAGCUGCAUCCGAACCACAAUCAAAACCAAAUACCAUGGCAAGGUUAGCUAGUUUGGAUAGCUCAGAAGAACUGCCCAUCUUUUAUGGAGUACUUGUAGUUUACUUUCUGCUGCUCAUUGCUUUUUAAACUUGUUUUUAGUGAUGAACCCUGAGCCCAGUUUUCCA